CAGCCCACCUCGCACCCGUCCGCGACUCGGCCUAGUCGGCCUGCCCCGUCCCCCGCCGGCGGCCGCGCUCCUUCACCUCCCCCCACAUCUCCCCGUUGUCCGAACCAGGCCCGCCGCCCUUGCCACCGCACCGCCAGGCGCCAGGUCCCGGCGGCCGCGCUCCUUCACCUCCACGGCUCCACCCACAUCUCACCGUUCUCCGAACCAGGCCCGCCGCCCUUGCCACCGCACCGCCAGGCGCCAGGUCCCGGCGGCCGGCACGACCGUCUCAACCCGCGCACGAUACUCGAAGAGAUGCAGGAUAGAAUGAGGCGACAGGGACAAUACGGUGAAUCAGACAUCAAUUCCAUGGUUGCUGCCCAGUUGCAUCACUACCAAGCACAGCAAAGGGUGCAGCAACACCCUGAGAACAGCUAUACUGGAAGAGAUCCUGCGCAAGCUCCUGGGGAGCACCAGUACACUCCCCCGAAGGUGAGGCAGAGUCAAUGGGAUCGAGGUGGACCAGACAUGCCAAGCCAGGUUCCAUCAUAUGCAUAUAAGGAAGGUCAAAGUGCUGCGGGUUCACAGUCCUUUUACGAUGGACAGAGAUCUGAUCCAAAGGUUGGUCUAGAAAAGCAGCCCAGCAAGGAAACAAGGGACCAGGCUCGUACAGAUAGGACUGAAACAAGAUACGAUGAUUAUAAUCUUCCUCGGACAUUUGAAGGUCUAGAGCAAAGUUUUCAUGAGGACAUCAUGAUGCUAUCCAAGGAACUACAGGAUGCUGAGGAUGCUGAAAAUUCUAGACACAUGGAGAGAUUGAAGGAGAUAAAUACACGGUACCAGGAGAAACUAUUAGCACUUCGGGCUCGGCAAGCAAACUAUAGAGAUGAAUUCCUGCGUAAGGAAUCUUUGGCACGCCAGCAGCAAUACCAGCAGGCCAGCAUGAGCCAUUAUGCCAAUAACUCUGUGGCUGGGGAGCAGCAUGGUUAUCACCCAACAGCUUUGCCUGGCGAGCAGCAUGGUUAUCAUCCAGCACCAGCAGCAGCCACACCUGCCGCUGCAGCUGGAGGUGCUUAUGGAGAAGCUCAUCGGGGUUAUGCUUCUGGCCAUGGCCAGUAUGAAUCCUUCACUGAUAGACCAGAUUACCCAGAUUUCCAUGGUGGCGGCAGAGGUCGGGGUCGUGGUUUUGAACACCGUAGCCAAUACCCUGGUGGCCGUGCUUAUAGUUCUGGUGGCCGAAGAUUUUAGAUGUUUAUUAGUUGCAUAGUCCGUCAUGUUGAGCUGAUCACGGCUUAUCUCAAUUUGCUGUGAUGUACUCGAUGCUUUAGAAGCUUUUGUUGCGAUCUCCUGGAAACCUAAACGCCUGUAGAACCUGUUCUACAAUCCGUGUCACUGAUAUGUUAGUAUUGAGCUACUUUUACAGUUUUGCCAGUGUUCCUUCUGGUUGUAAUUUGUGGACGAACCAGAGAAUACGGAUGUCUUUUUUCCUCUGCUAUCCAUUCAUGUUAUGUGUUCUCUGAAGCAAUAAAAGUACAUGUUUAUUGAAAUCGAAAUAAUAAAACCAGCCUUGCUUA